UGUUGGGAGGGUGCCUAUCGUAUUAUAUUAUUUAUCCGGCUGUCAUAAUACAGAAUAUUUAAAUAUAAUUAAUAAAGUGUGAGUUAUAGCUAUUAAAUUUACAUUAUAUAUUAAAUUGCUUUAAGUUAUCAGGGUCGCAUCAUGCGGCUUUGGGCUCCACUCUUAAGAAGAAUAACUAGUGUAGAGUAUAGAUUUUACAGUACAAUGGCGGCAAAAAGAAUUGCUGUCUGCCAAAUGACAUCUGUAGCGGACAAAUCAAAGAAUUUAGAAGUUGUAACUCAAUUGAUCCAUGAUGCAGCAAAAGAUAAUGCUCAGAUGAUUUUCUUUCCAGAAGCAUGUGAUUUUAUUUGUGACAAUAAGAAGGAUACACUAGCAUCUGCAGAACCAAUUUUAACAGGCAACACUGUCAAGCAAUAUCGAGAUUUGGCUAUAGAACAUAAUGUCUGGUUGUCUAUGGGUGGUGUGCAUGAACAGGAUGAAACAAACCCAAACAAAAUGUUCAACACACACAUAAUAAUAAACAGUAAGGGUGAAAUAGUUCAAACAUAUAGGAAAUUGCAUUUAUUCGACGUUGAGAUACCAGAGAAAAAUGUACGCCUUAAAGAGAGUGAUUUUUGCAACCCUGGGAGACAUAUUGUGACGCCUGUUGACAGCCCUGUGGGAAAAAUAGGAUUAGCAAUAUGUUACGACAUGAGAUUUCCGGAGCUAAGCACGACAUUAAGUGUGUUCAAUGCGGACAUAUUGACCUACCCGUCCGCGUUCACACACGCUACUGGUGUGGCACACUGGCAUGUGCUUUUGAGAGCGCGCGCAAUAGAAAACCAGUGUUACGUUAUAGCGGCCGCUCAAACCGGCCAGCAUAACAGCAAACGGCGCUCCUACGGGCACGCGCUGUGCGUCAGCCCGUGGGGCGAAGUGCUGGCGGACUGCGGGGACUCCGCCCCGCGCUAUGCGCUCGCGGAGAUAGAUACGGUGCGCGAAGUGAGGCGCAAUAUGCCGGUGUUUCAGCAUAGACGGCCGGACGUGUAUUCCCUUUACGCGUUAAGCCUUCGCAAGGAUCGCCUGCCAGAGCACACGGAGAAUUUCGCACCCGUCGAGAAUCGAACCGCAGACGCCGCGGUCGACGAGCCCGCAAACGUGUUUGGCCACGUCAAAGUCCCGGAGAGCUGUGUGUUCUAUAAAUCUAAAUUGACGUACGCGUUCGUCAAUUUGCGAUGUGUGAUUCCGGGCCACGUGCUUAUAGCGCCGUUGCGAUUAGCCGAGAGAAACAAGGAUUUGACGGACGAGGAGGCUGAAGACUUCUUCAGGACCGUUCGGCUGGUGCAGAAGUUGAUGGAGAGAGUGCACAAGACAGAGUCUUGUACAGUCACAAUACAAGACGGGCCGGAUGCGGGACAGACUGUUAGACAUUUACACUGUCACAUUUUGCCGAGGCGAAAAGGAGAUUUCAUAGAAAAUGACCAUAUUUAUUUGGAACUAGCGAAGCAUGAUCAAUUUACUCCAAAAUAUCCCGGGAAACCCGCACGAAGUUUAGAGGAAAUGCGCACAGAAGCAACCAUGUUGCGAGAAGAGAUCAAGAAGAUGACGGAAGAAGAAAGAUAGAAGGAGAUAGAUAGAGAUUUAUUUAUAUAACAGUUGUAUAAUAUAAA